AUGCUGAUGAACCAGAGUAAACAACACUACUACAACCUGGCAAAGCUGAAGAAUGAGUCGGAUGUGGGCGCCAAAGUCGGAGACCUUGCAAGGGAUCUGGAUGUUUUCCUGUCGAACGCCAACCGAAGAAGUUUUAGAUUUAUUGACCAACCUUAUUUGAGUCUUUUUAACUUGAGGGUGACUGAUGGACAACUUUCGGUUGCUCAGAGAAUUGACCGUGAGCAACUCUGUUGUCGAUCUCAAUACUGCGUGAUACCCCUGGAUGUGGUUGCUGUUCACCAGGAGAAGUCUUUUCUAAUGCGCGUCGAAGUGGAUAUAAGGGACAUCAACGACAACGCCCCGAAAUUCCCUGUACACGAAAUGUACAUAGAGACACCUGAAAGCGCAUCAGAAGGAACUCGCUUCCCUUUAGAGGUAGCCACCGAUGAAGAUAUAGGUCGAAACUAUAUACAGAGUUACACCAUUUCCACGAACGAGUAUUUCAUCGUUGAAGCCCGAAGUGGCGAAGAAGGAGGUUUGUAUGCAGAGCUAGUAUUGGUCAAAGAGCUUGACAGGGAAAAAGAGGACACAUAUAACCUUGAAAUCACAGCAAUGGACGAAGGAAUACCAAUCCUGUCUGGAAUACUAACUGUGAAGAUAAAAGUAUUAGAUAUCAAUGAUAAUACACCGGCCUUCGAAGACAGUUUCAUAAAAAUUACACUCAGUGAAAGUGCAAGAGUUGGUCUAUUGCUUUUACAUUUACGUGCCUCUGACCCAGACGAGGGUCAAAACGGGGAAGUUGUGUAUGGGUUUGAGGAGAAAACGCCUCUAGAGAUAAAACAGAUCUUUAAUAUUGAUCCUCACAUAGGACGACUGACUCUCGCGAGAGAAGUCGACUAUGAAAAAAACAUUUUUUUUUAUUUGAAAAUAAUAGCAUAUGAUAUGGGCAUAAAUUCUGUCCCAGCGCAGUGCACAGUUAGAGUGGAUAUUUUAGAUGCCAACGAUAACGCACCUUCAAUCAUUAUUAAAUCACUAGACUUUGACAGCGUGACAUAUAUCGCAGAAUCGGCACCAGUAAACAGUUUCGUGGCUCUUGUCAGCACCAUGGACAGAGACUCAGGAGUCAACGGACACGUGCAUUGCAAUUUGCUCGGACACCAACAUUUCAGGCUGCAACACGCUUAUGAACACACUUUUAUGAUCGUAACAACAUCGUUUUUGGAUAGAGAAACUUUGCCUGAAUAUAAUCUCACAGCAGUUGCUACAGACCAUGGAACUCCUCCACUGACAACAAUCAUGACAUUCUCUAUUCAGUUGAGGGAUGUGAACGACAAUCCUCCGGAGUUCACUAAAUCAUUAUAUGAAGUUUGGAUUGAAGAGAAUAAUCUACCAGGUGCAUUUCUCUGUAUAGUGCAAGCAUAUGACAGUGAUGUUGGUCAAAAUGCAGAUAUAACAUAUUCAAUACUGAACAUUAAAUCAAACUCUCAAAUUAUUUCAUCAAAUUUAGUGUUAAUUGAUCCACUUUUAGGAUCUUUACACUCAGCAACAUCAUUCAAUUAUGAACAGGCCAAAGACAUUGAAGUGCAAGUUCUGGCUAGUGAUGGAGGUUUUCCACUCCUAUCUAAAACCACAAUGGUUUGGAUAAGAGUUAUGGACGUGAACGACAAUGCUCCUGUGAUAAUGCAGCCCAGGUCAAUAAAUGGCUCUGCCCUCUGUUACAUAUCUCUUGAGGCAACAACGGUGACCCCUGUGCUAAAAAUCAUAGCAGAUGAUGCUGAUGAAGGUUUGAAUGCACAGCUGACUUUCAAACUUUUGGACAACCCAAAUGACCUGUUUUUUAUGGACCAGACAUCUGGCUAUGUAUAUCUAAAAACAGCACUGAAUGAGAGUGUCAAGAACUCUGGAGGAGUGCUGAGGAUCACGGCGAGUGUUCGAGACAACGUUGCAGUCAGUGUGGUGGCAACAGUGUUGAUCAAACUCAUGAGAAGAAGAGGCUCCUACAGCACAAAUAGCAGCCAGGACAAGUGUGCCCUCAGUGAGACUGAGGACAUGUUCAAAGCCCACUCAAACACCUGCGCACCCUUCUUAGGAAGGAGACAGGAGACCCUGAGCCAUGAAAAUGAAUUCUGCAACUCCUUUUUCUCUGUCUUCUUGAAUGACGCUCAAACCGAACACCAGGUCCCUGGUCGAUCCACAGCCAUUUGA